AUGUCUGGGCCCAGGGCCCCCCCAAAACUCCGUAUCAGAAAAUACUAUGGAAACCCAGCAAAUAAAGCUUUUCAUGUCGAAAAGGGGCAGAGGCUGGAUGCUCUCCCCAGCAACACCGUCCCAAUGCAGCAGGAGCCGCCCACUGUGGAGGCCCAAAGAAUGGGCAUCAGGAACAGGGAGCGAGAUGGCAAAACGUCCGCAAACAAGAACCGAUGGGGCUCAGGGAGGGCAGGUGCAACGGGCUAUCUGAGCAAUCAACGCCCAAAGGCAUGCGCGGUCACAAAGAGGCAAAAAGGUAGGAGCUCCGUGCUGUAA